CUUCCGUUACGUACAGUCUACUUAGAGUGCUCUCAGGUAUACACGCAUCUCGUGGUGGCACGCACAUCGUGUUAAAUUAAACGGAAGUCGAAAUAAUCCUCGUGUGGACGCAGCCGGAUAGCCGAGGAAAAAGCAAAGGACGAGACGUUUGAUUUUCGUAUCGAGCCGCGUCGAAGGUAUAGUGCUUCAUUGAGGUUUAACUUUGCGGCUUUCAACUGACUUUCAACUGCCUUCGGCGAUCGCAUCGAGUGUUGGUAGUCUUAUAGACCUGUGACGCAUACGAGAAACAUAUAUAUUAACUUGGAAAAAUGAAACAUUUCGCGCAUUAUUACGUAUGUCUGGCUGUAUUAUUGACAGCGGUCUCUGCGAGGUCGGCCGAAACUAACCCCGCGUCAAAUUCUAUCAACGAGCAACAAACUGCAAGAUCGAAUAACAAUGGCAUAUUUGGCGACUUGCGAUCUAUCUAUCUACUGUACAAGGAAUGUUCCAGUAGAGAAUUAGAUUCUUGCUUGAAGUUGAAGCUUUUAUCAGCUAUGGAUAGGGUAUCUCGAAUGGCCCAAUUGCAUGUGACUGAUGGCGUCACUCUAGUACGAGAUGAAUCAGCUACUAAUGAAUCCGAGCCGGAAAAAUCUGUGGAGGAAAUCGAAGCUAGUUUACCUCGAGCAUUGGACGAUAAAGAGGACGCUCUUAAUAGUAUGAUCUUUGACAAAAUUGCCAAAUUCUUUCAAAGUCACACUCUGAAGCUAAAGUUGCCAAAUGUAGAGGGGCUUCAACGUAGUUUCACAGAGGAAGGUCGCAAGAAAAAGAACAAAAUGGGUGGUCUUCUCGCUAUUCCUCUAUUAAUCGGUGGUACAUUAGUGCCUCUAGCGCUCGGCGCUCUUGCGCUGUUGGCUGGCAAAGCGCUGAUAGUGAGUAAACUUGCGCUCGUCCUCGCUUCUAUCAUCGGAUUAAAGAAACUCGUAUCCGGUGGUCACGAUCACGGGCAUGAAGUCGUUCAAGUUGGGGGAGGACAUGGAUCGGGCGGAUGGGCAAGAUCGGGACACGAUAUUGCCUAUUCUGCAUACAAACCAUCGUCAACCUAGGAAAAAAAUUUACAAAUAUUAUCAUAGCAUCUCUUCAAUCAUCUUCUUUCCUCCCAUGAAAUUUCUUCUCUCUUCUGUCGUGUAAUUUUUCUGUUUCCAUCCUGCUGAAUAAUUCUUUCCAAACUCUAUUUGCGAAACAUCUCGCAUUUGUCUGAUCCCUCUUUUCACUGUCUUCUAUUCAGUUGUGUUCACUUUAGAUCAUCGCACAUACGAGAUCACUCGUGCACGAAUCAUCCUCGAUAUUUAUUGUUUCAUGCGUAACUGCGAUACGCCCUCUAUAAUAUGUAUAUUUAUAAAUGCGCAAAUAAAUUAAGCCUAAAAUUAU